AUUUACUCGGAACGGUUUGUUUUGAUAAGUCUGAAGUGUUCCCUUUCAAAACACCAUUUUUCUGUGAUUGAAUUUUUGCAAUACGAAAGACCUGAAAUUCUUAUCAAUGACUUUGUGAUUUGACAUGACAUUGUAUAAUUUUUUAAGUCGAGGGCGAAUCGUGUGGAGGAACCUGUGCGAAAACCAGAUUGAUAAGGGUCAAGUUGAUUGAACUGUUUGAGGAAAUUGGAAACUUGAGAUUGCAUUAUUCUUUCCAAAAGUUUUGAAAGGAUUGAGAUUAGUGCAGAAAUCUUCAGGGGAAGAAGGGUCCAGUAGAAGAUGGCUUUGAAUAAUGUCAUAUUAUUAAGCCAAAUGGCUGGCUAUGUAAUUGCUUUUAUACUGUCUUUAUGUAUUGCUAUUCCAAUGACAUUACAUCAGGAUGAAUUUAGAGGGCAUUGUUUAUUAUUUUCAAGUGGUGAAUGGCAAGAUAGUGGACAAUUUUUUGUUCACUGGGCAUCUCAAGCUUAUUGUAAUUAUACUAUUUUUGUUGGAGUUGUUUUAAGUAUUAUUUCAAUAUUGCAAAUUUAUCGAAUGUCCAUUCUAAUCUAUAAAGGAACUGACAGUAAUUUUCUCUCAGCAUUUUUUGAUGUUGUGGGCUGUUUUGUUUUGUGUGGGUUGUCAUUAAUUGCUGCACUUGUUAUUACAUUUGGAUUUAUUGUAUGGUGCAAUGAUAUGACUAUGAGAUUUCCAUCUUGUGAUAUGGCAUCUGGACAAGACAUUGAUAAACAAGAUGGCAUAGAUACCUCAAAUUUUUAUAUUGAACUUGGUACUGCUCAGUUUGGAGCUUGGGCAUCUAUGGCUUGUUGGGUUGGUUUAUCAAUAUUUGCUCUAUUGAAAAUGUUUCAGCAACAUGAAAUUCAGAAUAUGCGAGCAAGUAUGCUUCGGGAAAGGCAACAUCUUAUUAAUGAAACUGGGUCAGAAAAACAGUCUAAAUCGUUUCCAGAAACAACCCACUCCCCUCCAAAAUUUUAGGAGGUUAACCACUAAAAGAAGAGCUUAGUUUAUUGGCUUUAAGAAUGAUUAAGCAUACUAUAUAAAUGUAUUAGUUUUUUUAGUUAUGUAAGGUUUUAAAAUUUUUAAGAAUUUAAAUAUAUUAUAAAACUUUC